ACUACCAUUACUCACGGUACUUGAUGCCAGUUAUCGAUACCUAAAGUACGUGGUAUCGAAAUGAAAUGAUCGAGGUGAAGUUUUUGAAAAAGAGAAAUAUUAUGGAUAGUUUGCCACAGACAAACCAAGAUGAAAAAGUCUGUGUUUCAAAAACUGACUGGUUCAGUUUUGAGCAAAAAUUUAUGGCUGCUGUUCAGGAACUGAAACUAAAGAGGGUACAACUUACAGAGGCGAGACAAGAUGUGCAGGAGAUGAUGAUGCAGAAUCACGAGAAAGAUUCUUUGCUGGACCAGGAGAGGCAUGCGGUGUGUGAACUACGCAUCAGCCUCUCAAUGAUGACUGAGACGGUUCAGAAGUGGGAGGAGGAACGCAAAGCUCUCGCCGAUGCUGCGACCCGGAGCAAGGCAUCUCUCGACAUUGCUGUGGCCGAGAGGGACCUCCUGCAGGGGAAAGUCCGUGACUUGCAGCUGGAGGUGGUGAGGCUGCGUGGCAGAGCGGAGGAGCAGGAGGCCAAGCUAUGCUGCCAGCAGGACCUGCAGAGCAGCAGCACACAGGCGUUGGCUCUGCUGAGCACCACCACGGACCAGCUGAAGGGACAUAUGAAUAAGGUAAAAGAAGAUCACGGCAGAAUAUCGAAACGGUUCCAGAAGACUAACGAGCUUGCAGGGAAGCUUAAGCUAGUUGCUAGCCAGCUUGCAAGUCUUGAUGCGAACCACACUCGCCAAGUGAAGAUCUUGGAGGAGAAGCUCAUCGCAAGCAAUGUGGAGUUAGAUGCAUUGAAGGCCGGGAAGCUCCAGAAAUUGUCCAGCGAUGAUGAAGUAGUGAAGGAAAACUUUGUUAGAGAAUGGGAGGAGAGCUUGCGGGAGAUGCGCGACCGUGUGGCGUCCCAGAUGGAGACGAUCGCACAGCUGAACGCCACGCUAGGCGUGGGCGUGGAGGCCCAGCGCGACCUCCAGGCCUCGGACGCACGGCUCCGCGCGGAGCUGGAGGCAGAGAGGGCUGCCCACCAUCGCCUCAAGGCCAGGUCGGAGACGUCAGCGGAACAGUUGAGAGUCGCUCAGCAGGCUCUGCAGCAGGAACGUGAGCUACACAAGAGGCCGGACUGCAUGGACUUGAGCACGCAGACUGUGGUCCAGGGUUGCGCUGAUAAGAUAGUCAUGACGGAUGCUCCAGCACUAAGUGCCACUACCACUCAGGAACAAGUCACGGGCGUGGCAGUCAUGGAGCCAGACAUCAAAACUGAGCAGGAAGAGAGAAUGGUUCACGUCGACUGUGAAGAGAUGUGUUGCCAGCCAACACAGGUGAAGCACUAGUAAUAAUAGUCAUCAGCUAGAAGAACCAGUACAGAACAGUGUGUUGUAAAACAUAAAAUGACAAACUUUCGGAACAUACCAACUGAGUAACCUGCCUUAAUGCAGGAAUAAGACCUCUGCUUUCAUAAGUGUUAGUUUUGGUAGUGAUUGUCCGACACACAAUGUCUGCUUUUAAAUGGGCUGUAGCAAGUCGUCACGGUAUCCACACAAAUUGGUAUUAAAAUUUCCUUUCCAAAAUUGAUAAAUUUCUUGAUGAUUUUUUUAAAAUUAUGAUUCAGCUAUUUUGCAGUCUUAUGAAAGAAAUAAAUAAACUCCAGCCUCUGCCAUUCCCCAGAGCUGGUCUAGUUCCUGGUUCUAUACUUUUUAUAUUUAACAGGAACUUGAAUACUAAAACACUGUUAAAAAAAUGCUUUCACAGGUUGGAUGAUGAGGCAUUUCCCCCCUCAUCAAUGACGAAUGGCCAGAAAUUUUUCAGGGUUUCAAAUUGUUGUAAGUUUCAAUAAAUGAUGUAGCCAACCUUUUGCUUUUAACUCACUCUCUGUUUACUAGUAUCGCACAGUACACACAUAGCCGACAUGGCUGCAACGAUAACAACAUUCGUACACAUACAAAAACAACAUAGCACCUAAACAAGGGAAGUCAAAUCAAAGUCUGUGUAGCAAAUACAAAUAAACUAUUAUUACUUUCGUGACUUAUGUGUCUCACAAAAAAUAUCCAACACAAAUAACAUAAUAACACCAGAAGAUUGAAUCGAAAACCUUACACCACACCAAUAGAUUUGCAGAUUCCCACACAUGAUAUACUCAAGUAUCAUUUUCUUCAACUUUUGAAUUAAUAGUACUCAAAUUAAUAAAAUGUUCAUUUUAUUCUAAUAAAUCAUCUAUUUUUUAUUUGCAUAUUUUUAUUACAAAAAUUUAAAUCAUUAAUUUUUUUUGGACUUUUGUCUUGCUAAAUGUGAGCCAUUCAUGUUCUCAGCUGAUGACUGUGCAAACAGAAACUCAUGUGUUAAUUUAAGUUGAUUUAUGUACUCCAUAAAAUAAGGUAAUGAAAUAAAAAUAUAUUUCCCUA